CAUGUCGCAGACAAAAAGGCGCCGAACUGAAAAGUCGAGAAUUCCGAAAGUUUGGAUGGAUUCAAGAACUGUCCUCUGAAGAUGACAUAGAAGAAAGUGGGCACGAAUUUGAAGAGGAUACACUGGAAAUUGAAGAAGAUAUAGUAAAUAUUAGUGACUACAAUUCAGACACAGAAGAAGAAACAUCGGAGACAGAAAUAUUAGAAUCAGAAAAACUCUACGAAGCUCAAGAAAAAAUGCUGCUCGGUUUUGGUAUAAUUCAAAAGGCAGUGGUAUUGAGGUACAGUGGCAGUGGCAGUGGUGACAUAUACAGUAAGGAGCUUCUAGAAGUUGAAGUACCGGUUGUUACCAAUGCCUACUGUGUAGAAGCGUAUGGCGGACUCAUCUUAGACACAAAUAUUUGUGCUGGAGGGGAAAAAAAUAAAGAUGCCUGUUCGGGGGACUCAGGAGGACCUCUAAUAGUGAAAAGUGAUGGAAAGUGGUUUUCUGUUGGAGUCGUUUCUUGGGGCAGGACUUGUGGUGGACUAGAUCUUCCCGGAGUCUAUACGAGGGUUUCGCAGUACCUAGAUUGGAUACGAGACGAGACCGCAGAUGCACCUCCUUGUGUGGACGAAGUUAUUCCACCAGUGAAACCGAAUCUCAACAAUUGCGGCAUUCCGAAUUCAGAUGCCACUGAAAGAAUCGCGGGUGGAGUUGAAGCAGAGCCUUUUGAAUUUCCAUGGAUGGCAUUGAUUGUCUAUGAUAAAAGAGUGGUAGGAGCAGGAGCGCUUAUAAGUCCUUCUUAUGUAUUGACUACUGCAAGCCUGUUUGAUACCUGGAUAGAAUGGUAUCCAGAAGUAUUAGACGUCUUCUUGGGCAAACAUACAAUUUCUAAAAGAGAACAAACUUCCAGAAGAUAUGGAGUUGAAACUGUCUAUCACCACCCACAGUAUGGCAAACCUACUCCAUACAACAACGAUAUGGCUCUCCUAAAGUUGAAAGUAUCCAAAGUUCCUAGCAUGUACCGUCCCAUAUGCUUGCCGCGAUCCGAUGCAAAGUAUCCACCAGGCUCUGUCCUUACUACAGCAGGAUGGGGAAGAAUUUCGACCAAAGGCAGAGGAAGUGAUGCUUUACUAAAAGCUCAAAUGAAUGUCUGGUCGGAAGAAGAGUGUGAAAAGCGUUACCCUGGGUGGUUCACAGAUUAUAUGAUUUGCGCGUAUAAAUAUGGAACUGAUACUUGUGAGCAAUAGAAUUUCCCCCAGCUUGCUACUAUACUAUACAGGACUGGUUUAAGAAAUUUCGGAGGCCUGUGCAAGUUGAGAAACAGGAGCUGCCUAAUUGGAUCCCUUUUAAAAUUAUACUUUCUGUGGCACAGUCAGACUGUUCCAUAAUCUAUUAUCACUAAUCAUUCUAUUUUGAAAGUUUAUAAGUACUUAUGUAAUAUUUUUUGCUUGUGAAUAGUUUUCGAAAUAACAAAAUGCAAAUAUAUUAAAAAAACUGUAAUGUAACACUUUUAUAAUACUGAAUAUAAUACCUAUUAUUUUUGGUAAAAUAAAGCGGAAAAUCUAGCAUAUUCUCACUAA